AUGCAUAGCAUAUAUCAGGCAUAUCAACCAAAUCAUGCGCCUCUUUUGAGUGGAAUUAUUUUCCAAAACGUCACAUACACCAAAGGAAACGAAUCUGUGAGAUUAUUACAACACCCGAUUACAAGUCUUGAAGAAAAAGUUGAAUCAUCUGGACCAACGUACCGAGUCCGAAGAACUGACUUUCUUGUGUUGUAA